AUGUUGGAUCAAAUCGUGAACCUGGUCAUCCGGCCUCCUCGUGCGGAGUAUUCAGUACAGACAGACCUGGUGGGGCCGCUCUUUGCUCACAGGGGACUGUUGCGGCGCCUCAAGACCCUACAGACAGACCUGGUGGGGCCGCUCUUUGCGCUCAGAGGAAGGCAAUACCGCCGCCAUGACCUUCAGCUUGCAAACACCCGAGCUCCUAUUGGCAAACAACCCCCUUUCCUCUACCCCCCUCCCUCUACCCCCCUCCCUCUCCCCCCCUCCCUCUCCCCCCCUCCCUCUACCCCCCUCCCUCUCCCCCCCUCCCUCUCCCCCCCUCCCUCUACCCUUCUCCCCCUCUCCCCCUCCCUCUCCCCACCCCCCUCUCCCACCUUUCACCACUCAUCCUUCCCCGACCUCUCUUUCCCCCUCUCAGCUGAAUGCAGUCACUACAUGCCGGCCCACAUCCCGCCCAAUCAGAAGCUGCCAUGUGUCAUCUACUGCCAUGGGAACAGUCUCUUAGACCUCUCCUCCUCCCUUGCCCCCACCCUUUUAUUCUCCUCCUCCUCCCUUGCCCCCACCCUUUUAUUCUCCUCCUCCUCCCUUGUCCCCACCCUUUUAUUCUCCUCCUCCUCCCUUGCCCCCACCCUUUUAUUCUCCUCCUCCUCCCUUGCCCCCACCCUUUUAUUCUCCUCCUCCUCCCUUGCCCCCACCCUUUUAUUCUCCUCCUCCUCCCUUGCCCCCACCCUUUUAUUCUCCUCCUCCUCCCUUGCCCCCACCUUUUAUUCUCCUCCUCCUCCCUUGCCCCCACCCUUUUAUUCUCCUCCUCCCUUGCCCCCACCCUUUUAUUCUCCUCCUCCUCCCUUGCCUCCACCCUUUAUUCCGCCAUUGCCUGAUUCUCCUUCUCCAACCACUGGCUGCCGUGCUGACGCCAGUGAAGCCGUAUUGGGUGUCGUGGUGACGCCAGUGAAGCGGUGUUUGUACUCCUGCCUUCCAACAUCACAUCCCCCUUCACUCUCUUCCUCUCUUUCCCUCCCCCCCUUUCUCUGCAGUGGCUGCCGUGCUGACGCCAGCGAAGCAUUUGGCUGCCGUGCUGACGCCAGUGAAGCAGUGUUUGUGCUGCUCCCAUCAAACAUCACAGUCUUUGCUCUCGACUUCUCAGGCUCGGGAAUGUCCCAAGGGGACUAUGUCACGCUGGGGAGAUUCGAGAUGGAGGAUCUUACUACUGUGGUGGAUCAUCUAAGAGCGGAAGGCAGUGUGUCGCUCAUAGGCCUGUGGGGGCGGUCGAUGGGAGCUGUGACCUCGCUCAUGUACGCGGCAAAGGAUCUGUCUAUAGCGGGGAUGGUGCUGGACAGCCCGUUUUCCAACCUGCCCAACCUCAUUCUGGAGCUCGUGGACACCUUCAAAAUCAAGCUGCCCAAAUUCACGGCACUCACCUCACCUUCAGCCCCGACGACUCUGCCACUUCACCUGAAUUGCCUUGGGGCCACCGCCGCCGUCGCGGCGUGUGCUGCUUUGCCCCGCUUGGGCUUGCGCUGCUUCGACUUCGCCAUUGGGAAAUUGGGAAGCGUGCGAUGGAAAAUUGGCAGAGAAGGUGGUCACAAGCGGGAAGGUGGUCCCAAGCGGGAAGGUGGUCCCAAGCGGGAAGGUGGUCCCAAGCGGGAAGGUGGUCCCAAGCGGGAAGGUGGUCCCAAGCGGGAAGGUGGUCCCAAGCGGGAAGGUGGUCCCAAGCGGGAAGGUGGUCCCAAGCGGGAAGGCGGUCCCAAGCGGGGUCGCAACCGCACCUCUUAUUACAUUGCCAAGUCUUGUCCUUUGAAAUCCUGGCUCAACCACCUAAUUCUGAUAGGGCUGAAUAAUCAUGGGGUGUACUACUUGCGGUAUCUAAUCAAGAAGAAGAUACCGGAUGUCGACAUCAACGACCUCGAUGCUGUGGGAGUGGGUAAUGGCAAAGCAUCGACCUCGAUGCACGCAGCAGCUUCAUUUCAUCCCCUCUCGGUGCUGUGCUGUGCUGUGACUCGUUUUUCUGCUGUACCACUGAGAUCUUGCUUUGCCAUUACCCCCUCCGUUCCCCCCGCACAGGUGAAGAUGCUUGUUUAUUACCUGCGGAAUCUGAUCAAGAAGAAGAUACCUGAUUUCGACAUCAACGAUCUAGAUGCCGUGGGAGUGGCGAAGACCAGUUUCAUUCCAGUGUUGUUCGGGCAUGCUUCGGGAGACACGUUCAUUCUGCCGCACCACUCGCAGCAAAUACACGAGGCCUACGCGGGUGACAAGAAUCUGAUCACCUUUGCCGGGGACCACAACUCCCACCGCCCCAACUUCUUCUACGACUCGGCUGCCAUCUUCCUUCACAACGUGCUGCAGCCACCCCCCAUACAGGAACCCCCCGCCUCCUCCCUCUAUAAUCACAUCCCUGGGGGGUCUGAUGCGCAACAGCCAGUGCCGCGUGCUGCUUAUGGUGGUGCUGCGCUCACUGCUGCUGCUGGUGCCGCUGCUGUUGGUGGUGCUGGUGGUGGUGGUGGUGGGGUAUCAGGCAGGAGUACAAGAGCAGAUGUCCCUCCAAGUGCUGACGAGUUGAACCCUCCACACACCACCUACCAGCGCCCACCCCCCCUUGCUGAG